AUGGCGCCUACCAGCAGCACCGAACCUGCGCCAGUCAAGCACAUCACGCUGCACCACUUCCUGAAGCAGCAGCUGCUGCAGCAGCACCGGCUCAAGCCCGCCGUGAUGUGGGGCUGGCCGGCGGCUGCGGCCGCCAUCGGGUGGCACGCGCCUGAGGAUGCCGCGGACGACGACGACGGCCUGGGCGGGGCGUAUCCGCCGCGGUCGUACACGUGCGCGUUCUGCCGCCGCGAGUUCAGGUCUGCGCAGGCGCUGGGCGGGCACAUGAACGUGCACCGCCGCGACCGCGCCAAGAUGCGCGGCGGCCACCACGGCGGCGCCGCCGCGGCCGGGGACGUGCUGCUCUCCGCGCCCGUGGCGCUGGCUCCCGUGCACGACCGGUGCGAGGUGAGCGACGAGGAGGAGGAGGGGGAUGACAAGGACGUCGACCUGGAGCUGCGCCUCUGGUGGCCGUGA